AUGUACUUCGUUGUAUUUGCUCUUAUCGGAGGAUUAAAUACUGAACUUGAAUCAAAAACUGAAGAUGUUAAUGAUUCCAUACAAGAAUUACAAUCUAAAACUGAUGAUAUUAAUGAUUUUAUUCAAGAGGAUUUCGUAAAUUUAAUAGAGAUCGACGAGGAAGUGGAUAAAGAAAUGUAUCCAUCAUCGUCUAAAUGGAACCCUACAAUAUUAAAGGAAAAAGUUUCAAGUAAACUUAAUACAAAAAAGUUUAAUCAACGAAAAACCAAAUUAGAAGAUGAAAAAAUAAAACUAAUAAAGAUACAGCAGGAUUUUUAUAGGGAUGAAAAUGCCAGAGCUGCUGAAAAGCACAAGCUAGAAAUGGAAAAAUAUCAAAACGAAAUUACAUCAAUACGAUUAAAAAAUGAACUUAUCCAAAAUGAAAUAAAAGAGAAAAAACAACGCAUCUGA